AUGGUAACAGCAAGUGUGACUCUCCAUAAGAUUUCCGGAAACUGGCAAGCGGAAAUCGAUGGUGUUUUACAGAAAGCACGAGGACAAGUCUUAUGUGAUUUUCAGGAAGCGUCAACAGAUGAAGAAAGAAUACAUUUUAUUCUGUCUAGGGAUUUGAUAAAAAAUAUCCCAUGGCUGAACUUCUUUAUCCAAAAUUGUAAGAAAAUUCAUUGCAAGUCUGUGGAAAAGUCAAAAUGUCACAGGGAUGAAGGCAACAAAUUUUUCCAACUGAAAAACUAUGAGGAGUCAUUGCAGUGCUACUCAAAGGCGGUUGUGCAUGCUCCAGGUGCUGAAGCCAAAACAGAGGACUUGGCCUUGGCCUAUGCCAACACGUCCGCUUCAUUAUUCCACCUACAGAGGUACCAGGCCUGUCUUGUCAACAUCACAGCAGCCAAGGAGAAUGGCUACCCUGACCGUCUGCUCCACAAACUCCUCCUUCGACAGGCCCAGUGUCAGCUAUAUUUAGAACGGGUCAGAGAUGCACACACAAGUCUGCAAGCAACAAAGCAGCAUGUCAAGAGCUUGGAGGACUUAGAUCAGAAGAAGGCAGAAAUAUUUCUUCGUGAAGUUUCAAAUUUUGAAAGAAAACUUCAGAAUGCUGUUGUUAACAAAAAUAAUGAAGAUUCCUUAAAGGAGAAAACCAAACUUCCAGAUCUUAGUUAUGGAAGAAAUCAGGUGGUAACCCAGGCAACCAGUGGUCUUAAGAUGGAGCAGACUGGAGAAAAGGGACGCCAUCUAGUGGCUACACAAGACUUAGGGGCAGGAGACACACUUAUCGUUGAGAAACCAUUUGCUGCGGUCCUGCUUCCGGACCACUAUGACUGCCAUUGUCACCAUUGUUUUGGACAGCUGGACAUGCUGGUCAUUCCGUGUGAUCGAUGUACACAGGUGCGUUACUGUAGUCAAGAGUGUCGGAACCUUUCUUGGACCUCCUACCACAAUGUAGAGUGUCCAUACUUGGACCUGCUCCAUUCUGUAGGGAUAGCACAUCUUAGUGUUAGAAUUGUCCUGGUCGCUGGUCUUCAAUUUCUUCUUGGGUUCAAAGAGAAGUUACAGAACCUUUCAGACCAGGAGAGACAGAGUGGGAAAGUAAGGGUCGGAGGUGUGAGUGAGGAUGGUAUCUACGGACGAGGAUACCUUACUGUCUACGAUCUGAUGCCCCACAGUCAACACCUCGUCUUAGAGGACCUGUUUCAAUACUCUCUGACUGCCUGUCUGCUGUUAAAUAUCUUACAAGUCUCUGGUUGGUUCAGAUCAAAUUCUGAUGGAUCUUCUGCCUGUGAUGCCACACUGUCCAGGAAUGCUGACGUUGUGCACGGCACGGAACGUUUGUCAAAUGAUGCUGGAAAUGUGUUGGACAAGGAACAGUUGUCCAAUGGUACUGGCGAUCUGUUGGAUACAGAACGCUAUGUGGGGGGUCUUCUGCUGCGGCACAUACAACAGUUAGUGUGCAACGCACAUGCCAUCACAGAGUUACAAGUGACGCAGGCAACUGACUUGUCGCUAGUCGAGACCAAAAGUCAGGUCCGGGUUGCCACGGCGAUAUACCCCACCGCCAGCCUUAUGAACCAUUCCUGUGAUCCUACAAUCAUAUCCAGUUUUGACAGGGAUUCCUUGGUUGUAAGAACUGUCCGAGAUGUGAAGAAGGGUACAGAGAUCUACAACUGUUACGGUCCUCACCACAAGCGUAUGUCGGGUCCAGAAAGACGACAGAUCCUCAGGGAGCAGUACUUCUUUGACUGUCAGUGUAAUGCCUGUCAGCUGGAUGAGGACCAGAAUGCGAUGUACAUGGUGUUCCGAUGUCCUAAGUGUGAAAAUGGAUUCAAUGAGGAACAGACAGAUUUUGUGUGCUCAGGAUGUGGUUACCAUGACAACAGUUUAGCAUAUAAGGAAAAAGCUGGUCUAGCAAAAGAUCUAUUUCUACAGGGCAUUCAAAGACUAGAGGCUCACAACAUCACAGGAGCUAUCGAUGUGAUGAGGAGAUGUCACAAGAUCAGGAAUGCCAUCCUCCAUAGGUAUCACCGUGACCUUACCGAGACCAAGGACUUUCUGGCCAGGUGUUACGCCAUCAUAGGUGACUUUAAGAAAUCCGUUCGGUAUUUAAAGGAAAGCGUAAGCAGUAUACAAACUGUGUAUGGAGAUUCCAGUAUCGAGUAUGCUAAUGAGCUUCAGAAAUAUGCGGAAGUUCUCGUCAGUGCCGGUCACAUGGAGACGGCCUUAACUGCCACCAAUGACGCUUUACCUAUAUUCAAAGUGCAUUAUGGGACCUCUCACAAAAGUGUAACGGAACUUGAUGAACUGAGAUGUAAUUUACAAAGAAAUUUGAAUUUGACAUGAUAAUAAAGUGUACUUUUAGCAUUA